UCUCUUCUUGAAAGGUCACCCCACUUCUUUUCUUUCUUCCCACUAUAGAUAGCCCCUUCAAACUCAUCAUUUCAAAUCCUUCUUUUCAACUAAAAAAUAUUAAAAAUUCCAAAUAAUUUUAAUAACAUAAACAGAUUCACCAACUCUUUCUCCCUAUAAAAAAAAUUAAAUCUAUAUGUAUAGUGUUGUAAGGAGGAGUUGUUCUAUAUUUUGACAUAACAAAAUGGGAUUUGAUGCAUCACAUCUUAAAGCCCUUGACUGUACACUAAGGUUGUUUGUCAUUCCUUUGUCUAUUGCCUCCAUAUGGCUUUCUGUCAACAAUCAACAGAACAAUAUCAGUUAUGGCAAGCUGGAAUUCACCAAUUUCACAGGACUCAAGUACAUGGUGGGCAUUAGUGCUGCAUCAGGUGGAUAUGCUCUGUUUACUGCUAUUGCUUUGUGGGUCAGGGGUUUAGUCACUAAAGCAUGGUUUUUCUUUGUUUCUGACCAGCUUGUAGCAUACUUAAUGGUUACAUCAUUGGCUGCAAUAUGGGAAAUUCUUUACUUAGCCUACAAUGGUGACCAAAUGGUGUCAUGGAGUGAAGCUUGCACUUCUUUUGGAAAAUUCUGCAGUAGAUUGAAGCUGGUUUUGGUUCUUCAUGCCAUCACCCUUUGUUGUUUUCUUGCUUUAGCUGUGAUUUCAGCUUACAGAGUCUUCAGCAGAUUUCAGCCUCCUAGUAAAGACAAUGAAGAAGAAAAGGAAAUGCACUAAUUGAUUUUAGUUACCAAAAUUCACAUACAUGGAUUGUCACUUCACGUGUUAAUAUAGAGUUUUUUUGAAUAAAAUUGU